AGCGCAACCUUCCCUUGGGGCCCAGACUCGAUGAGUACUUUGUGGGAUGGCGUUGUAGCAGAUGCAGAGAUCUUAAGCAAUUGGAAGGUUAUGGUUCAUGAGUAUGCUGGUACGGUUGCGGUCGGUUGCACCGGUGCACUGGUCAUCUUCUCCAAGUUCGGUGUGACCGCACACCGCAUACGCCUCCACGACCCAACAUGGAACGUCGCCUGUGUUGCAUGGACCCUGAACCCGGAAGCUCCAACCGAUCCCAUGAUUGUCUUCACUGCGACUAGUGUCGUAUUCAUACUCGACGUGAAGACCAGAAACAUCGUAGGCAAGCUACGCGGACACGGAGGGCUAAUAACCUCUCUCGCGGUCCAUCCACACCAUCCCUACAUAUUCUGUACGACAUCCAGGGACUUCACUACUCGUGUAUACGACUUAACGCUGACCCCAAUACAAACCCCGAACAAUCCACACUGGCUCCCCAAUACAACCCCUAGCCUCGCCGGACCAGCGCAUGGUCUCCAUUCGUCCGAGCCUGAGGGCGAAGGCAUCGGCCGCUGCGUUGCUGUAUUAGUAGGCGGACGCUCCGGCGGACACAAGGGAGCCGUGUUCUGCGCGGCAUUUCAUCCGUCCUCGCCGUUGAUCGCUACGUGCGGUAUGGACAGAGCCGUCAAGAUAUGGCGCAUGCCGCCAUACAAGCCAGACGUCCUCUCUCGAGAGGACAGGCCGUUGUUCAGUACCCAUCUCAUCCACAAGGCGCGAGUUUUGUCGAUUGCGUGGCUCAGCGGCGACAUUCUUGUCUCCCACAGCGCUCCUGCAAUCAUGCGAGGAGCUACUAGAGAUGAUAUGUACGAAGAAAAUGGAACAGUUGUUAUAUGGCAAUGGCUUGGGUUCGACCGCUAUCUCCCGCCUGGGAAGCCAAUACAGAAGGUCAUGCGAGGUUGUGCUAGUGACUAUCGCAACAGCGAGUCAUUCAAGGUUCUGUCUGCAUACCAUCUGCCCAUGACCACCCGUAACAUGACAGUGUAUACGUCGCUCGAUCACGACCCGCUGCUCUUGGUCCCGAUGGGCAAGACUAUCCGCGUGUUCAAUUUGUCGCAGUUCAGUCCGCGUGCACCCAUACCGUUCCCCAUUAGCGAGGACGUCGUAGCACUUACCGAGAAUCUGAGGCUGGACGACACUGAACGGGCUGGUGGUUCUGGGAAUGUGGAGGGCCUCAGCGCAAGCGCAGGUGUGGACACGGAUGUGGGUGAAGAUGGAUUACAAGCCACUGGAUACGGCGACAAAGAACAAUCAAGCGGCGAGGACGAUAGUGAGGGCAAUGCUGUUGACGAUGAUGACGAUGCACCGCCAGAACAAGGUGAUGUGUACGAUGCCCCAUUUCCUGACUUCUUGCCACGCAUGCCACCGCCUGCACCGCUCGCAGAAUUAUUUGACAGUGUGGACGGAUGGGAUCUGGACGUGACUGUGGACGAGACGCGGCGGUCAGAGCUCCCUGAUAUCACGGCAUGCGAAGUUGCACUUGGAGGCAGGGUCGUCGUAGGAGUUGGCGGCAAGGGAACUAUGUAUGUUUGGAGAACACGCUGA